AAUUCUUUUCCACGUUUAUUUCUUGACAGCUCCGUUUUAUGUAUCAAAGACUUGCUAUAUUUCUCAGUGAAGUUUCCUACACAUAUCCAACGGAAUAAGUUUUCUCAUCUUCAACAUCUUCUAACCAUUGAUCUUAUUAUUAAUCUCAUUAAGUGUGAUAAGAUGCACAUUAUACGAAACAAUGCGAGAAACGAAGAAAUUGUAAAAUGUGUUAGAAAAACUGUUUAACAAGUCUUAAUAAUUUUUUCGAUCGGUGGUACCUGAAACUUUAAUGAAAUUCAAAUUGCUGACUUAGCUGUGACACCUAUCAUUGGCAAAAUGGCUUUAACUGAUGAUGAAAAUACUUGGACUCUGGAAUUGGAAGCAGCUCUUCUAGAUGCUGAAGCUCCGUCUGCAUCAGAUAUAUAUGCGAUUACGAGAGGCCAACCAAUUCCUGCUAAUUUAAGGCCAGAUGUUUGGCAAGCAUGUCUAGAUGUUACAAGCAGAGGCAAUCAGUUAAUACACUUUAACGAAAUAUUUGAUCUUCCAGAGCAAAAUAUCAUUAGGAAAGAUUGUCAAGAACUAGUUGAUAAACUUGGAAAUGAUGACUCAGAUAAAGUUUCCGUUGUUUCUGACCUAGAAUCUAUUAUAACUUUUUAUUGUAAAAGUAGAGGAAAAUCUUACGAAAGUGGAAAUGGAUGGCUUGAGCUAUUAGGUCCACUGAUAUCAUUGAAACUGCCAAAAGCAGCUACAUAUAAUUUAUUUGAGGCCAUAAGAGAUGUUUAUAUUCCACGAGGCGACACUCACAGUUCCAUUUUACGACUUCUACUCCUUUAUCAUGACCCAGAAUUAUGCUCUUUUCUAGAUACAAAACGCAUAUCUCCUGAUCAGUAUACCAAAGGAUGGAUCAACACAUUGUUUGCUGGUGUAUGUACACUUCCGGUAAUCUACAAUAUAUGGGAUCUCUAUUUUAUGCAAGAAGAUCCAUUUUUCAUGCUGUUUUCAUCACUUGUCAUGGUUGUCAAUGCCAGAGAAAAAAUAUUGGGAAUGAAAGAUGAUGACAGGAAGAAUAUAAUCGAUACGUUAGUGGCAAUGCCUCGAGCUAUAGAAGUAGAAGAUGUAGCAGAUUUUUGUUCUCUGGCGCAAUAUUAUAAAAUGACAACACCAACUUCUUUCAAACAAGAGUUAUAUCCUAUUAUGUUUGGUGAAGGAGGCGAUGAAAAAUUCAUAUCACAUGCAUUGUGUUUACCUGUAUCAGCCGAGGAGCUUGUAGAAAAUACAGUGGAAGCUCCAAUAUCUUCUAAUGUACCUUCAGAUUCUGUAAGAUUUUUUCUUGUUGACUGCAGACCUGUUGAACAAUACAAUGCUGGACAUUUGCCUACAGCAUUUCAUUUAGACUGUAAUUUAAUGUUGCAAGAACCUGCAGCAUUUGCUACAGCUGUUGAUGGAUUACUUAGAUCUCAAAGACAAGCUCUUGCAAUUGGAUCUAAUGCUGGUGGUGAACACCUCUGUUUCUUGGGCAGUGGACGACAAGAAGAAGAUCGUUACACUCAUAUGGUUGUUGCUUCAUUUCUUCAAAAACACACUCAAUACGUAAGCAUGGUAAAGAAUGGUUACCAAGCAAUCCACGAAUACUUUGGUGAUGAAGUAAUCACUAAUUUAGUAGAUCAUAAUUUCCAAAGGUGUUUAAUCUGUAGUGCGAAUUGUUCUGAAGAUGAUUCUAAAGAUGUGAGUCCAGUUAAGAUGAAGAGUAGUAAUUCUGAUUUAUUUAAUAAAAUUGGAAUGGCAAUGAAGCUUAAAGGACAAGAAGUUAAAGGGAAAUUAUUUGAUUAUAUUGUAAAUCCAUCAACAAGUGUUAAUAACAGUGUUGAGAAAAAAGAUGGUGAAUCUGAUAAACAGCCUAAACACACGAUGCCUGUAUUUAGUAUAGAUGAUGUUCAUGAUCCAGAUAUGAUUAUAAGUAAUCCAGAAAAUGAACAACCAGUUGAAGUUGUUUCUAUUCAACAAUGGUUAAAAAAUUCUGCUUUGUUACAUUCCUUUAAAUGCCAAGAAGUUAAAGUUAAUGGCUAUGUUUAUGAAAGUCAUUUAUUGGUUACGGAUAGUCACUUGAUUGUCUUGCGAGAAGUUCCUGGUACAAAAGAUGCAGCACAUGUUAUAGUAAAACGUCCUUUAUUAAAUAUCGUUAAGAUAACUUCUCGAAAACACCAUCCAGAUUUAAUAACUUUUAAAUAUGGCACUACACAAAGUGAUAUGCUAGUCAUUUCUGAUAUGGACCGGCUUUUGAUUCCAAAUGGUAGUGAAGCUGUAAAACUUAUUUCGCAACAGAUUCUAAAAGAAUUGAAUCAUUCUAAAUAAUGUGAGUGAUAUAUAUAUAUUGUAUAUUUGAAUAAUUGCACGUAGACAAGGUCACACGUAAAAGUCGUAACCAUUUUUGUUUCUUUAUUUACUCAAUUUUUUUGGUACUUAUCUUAUCGACUAAUCGACUAAUAAUAAACAAAAAAAGUAUAUUUAUACGUCCAUUAAUUAUAUUUAUCAAGUGCCAUUAUUCUGAAUUAAAAGCAUUCCUUUCAUUACGUAUACAAUAUUAAUAUUCAGGACAAUCUACCAUUGUUAUUUGUUUCACUAGAAAUGCAAUAAUGCCAUUAUUGAUAAUUAUUUUUAGUUUUUCAUAAAUAGUUUUUAUUGAUAAUCAUUAACAAAAUAUAAAGAAUAAUUGAAAGUAAUUAAAGUCAAAAAACUGAUAUGAGCAAUCUUAGAAUAU